AUGUCCGUCGCCACCCACUCAGAUCACAAGACUUGCUUCGUGCCUGAGAUGAACCCUCUCUGCAUUGAGUCUCAGUUUCCAGACUCCCUCGAGGAUGUGUACCAAGGCGACCUCGCCUUUCUCGAAUCACCCGGUCCCGCCAUCGAUCCUAACGAAGGCCGUUUCGUCCAUCUUCGCUGCUAUCGACAGGACCCUAGCACCCUUCGUCGUGCCUCGCAUUGCGACUCUCUGAUCAUCGCCGCCGGUAGCGCCUGUCUGGAAAACGGACCUAGCAAAUCCGCCGUUGGCGUCUACUUUGGCCCAAACAACCCCUUUAACCUCUGCUUGAGGGUGCCCACCGAAUACCGUAUUGGAAAGGGAAUUGAGAAACUGCUCUUGUGUCACACGACGCACCGCGCUGAGCUGUACGCCGUGAUCGCCGCUCUCAGUGCCGUCACCCCUUUUACAGACCAAGCACCUGAAGAUGCAGCAAACGGCAACAUACCUAAUACGCUUAAGCACGUCAUCAUCAAGACUGAGUCGUGGUACAUCGUCGAUAAGAUAUGCAGAAUGGGAGCACAGCGGCCUCUUGUCUUCCACAAGGCUUGUGAAGCCGGUAAAUCCGACCGCGGUUGCUUGGAGCACUGCAACCUUUGGGAGGAGCUGCGUCAGGAGUUGCAUCGCUUUACCCUUCGCGGUGCUGUGGUGCAGUUCUGGCUUGUUCCUCGAGACCAGAACCUAGAGGCAGACGCAUUGGCGAAUAUGGGCAUGGAAAAUCCCCCUUGGCCGUCUGUAGAAGACUCACAGAUCUCGUCGUCUUGGGUCUCGCGCGUCAAGAUUGAUUCGGCUCUCAAGCUUAGAGAGUAUGGUUGUUCCACGGGCUGGCAAGCAUAUUAG